AUGUUAACAAAGGGGUAUAGUGAGUCUGCUACUACUCUUUGUCUUAGGUCUGCUAUAAGUAAAACAAGAGUUUACAAGUGGUAUAAGAGUUUCCAAGAUGGCCUUGAAGACGUUGAAGAUGACGAACGCUCCGAACGCACUAGCACAUUAACAACCGAUAAAAACAUGGAAAAAGUGGAAGAAAUGCCAGGAGAACGUCAUAUAUUUGAAAGGGGCUGCCUGAGGGCAGGGGAGGAAUGGAUUGAAACCAAUCUAGUAACUGUUGCGGCAGUUAAAGUAGGAAUUAUGGUCCUGCAGAAUUUUGACGUUUCCAAAGUAAUUAACGAAGGUGGCUGUUUAGAGGCUGUCGAAGAUUGGAUUGAAAAAAAUAUGAUUUCCAUUGCUUCUUGCACUUUUAUUAUUUUGUUUUUCCAAUGUAAAAUAAGUAAAAGAAGUAGAGAGUUGGAGUGCGUAAAUAACCCGGACAAUCUCGGCGACGUUAGUGAUGAGCACGGAGAACGUUUUCACCAGCAAAUGAAGGCUAUGGGGCGGCGGUAUCACGGCUUCUGGGAUGCAGCCAUGGUGGCCCCAUUUCCUCUUGACUCUCGAACCCCGUACAGGCCUAUGUUUACUUACGCCGAUUUUUGUUCUUCUCCAGCAAUUGCACGGCUUCACCCGUGUUUGCUUGGUGCGAAUGUCCAUUGCGUUCCGUACUGUCCCCUAUUUGGGGCUCGAGAGCGAGAGGCGAAUAGUUUUAAUAUUCUCGGGUUUGCCGAGCCUAUGCUAUACGCUCAGUGGGGUAUAGGAGGAGGGACGGGAGGGUGUUGGUUUUUGGGGAACAAUUACGCCGACUUAAAACUAAGUACGACGCGGAAUCCCCCUAGACCAGUCGAUUAG